GUCAUCACAUGUUUUAGGGCUCGUUAUGGCCGCGGCAGUGGGCUGCGCGGCCCAGUGCUCCUUCCUCGCCGGGAGGAGCUCACUCUGGGCAAGGACCGCGGUGCCACCUCCAGCAAGUCGCGGGUUGUCCAUCCGGGCAGCGAGAGCUGGACUGAGUGGUGGAUUGCUGGGCAGUGGAGGCUGGAGGAGGGGGAGGAGGAGAGCAUCACCGCCGCCAUCGCCCACGACGAGAACGAGGGCCCAGAAGAGCCCCGAGGACGUGCCGGCGUUCAAGGGCUUCCCGCCAAUGCAGGGCAAGCCGGCGUGGUACUGGCGGCUGCUGGCGCUGGUGCCGUACAUCAUGCCGCUGUGCGAGUCGUGGAUGUACGCCGAGACCGCCUACAACCUGCACUGCUUCAUCGAGCAGUACGAGUUCUGGACGUACCCGGUGCUCCGCCUGCUGGGCCGCCUGCCCUCGUGGUUCCUCCUCGCCUACUUCUUCGUCGCCUACCUCGGCAUCGUGCGCCGCAACGUCUGGCCGCACUUUUUCCGCUUCCACGUCGUCACGGGGAUGCUGCUGGAGAUCAUCUUGCAGGUGAUGGGCACGCUCAACGACUGGAUCCCGCAUGGGAUCUACUGGGGGAAGAUUGGCGCACACUUUUGGCUGGCGGUGUUUUGGACCUACUUCUUGACCACGCUCGAGACUAUCCGCUGCGCCAUCAUGGGGAUGUACGCCGACAUUCCCUUCAUCUCGGAUGCGGCCUACAUGCAAAUCCCCUACGACUAAAUUGUGCCAUCUCUUUCUUUCUUUGCAACCAAAAGUUCCUCUUUUUUUUCCCAACA